AUGGAGCUUCACAACAACUUUUCUAACUUUACUUUAAUGGCAUCCUUUCUCUUCCUCUUGCUACUAUUCAAAAUAGUUCAGAGAUGGAAUACUUCUAAAAAAUCUUACCCUAAUUUACCACCAGGACCAUGGAGAUUGCCCUUCAUAGGGAACAUACAUCAGACAAUUAGCAGCCCAUUGCCUCAUCGUUCCCUCAAAACUAUGGCCCAAAAGUAUGGAUCAUUGAUGUACCUAAAACUUGGUGAGGUACCAUACAUAAUAGUUAGUUCACCAGAAGUAGCCAAAGAGAUUAUGAAAACACAUGACCUCAGCUUUUGUGAUAGGCCAAGCCUUAUGUUGCCCACAAUAUUUAGUUACAAUGGCACUGAUAUUUUAUACUCUAGAUAUGGAGAACCCUGGAGGCAACUGCGUAAAAUAUGCGGUACUGAGCUAUUGAGUGCAAAGCGUGUCCAGUCAUUUAGGUCCAUAAGAGAAGAAGAGGUCUCAGAUCUUGUUAAAUCAAUAGCUGCAAGCGAAGGAUCUGUUGUUAAUCUUUCUCUUAAGAUUUCCGAUAUGACGCAUGCGUUUGUGGCGAGGGCAGCUUUUGGAAAAAAGAUUAAACACCAUCAAGCAUUCAGAUCAGCAAUUGAUGAAAUAUCAAGUUUGCUCGGAGGAUUUUGUCUUGCUGAUUUGUAUCCAUCAAUUAGAAUGCUUCAAAGCAUGAGUAUGGCAAAGACAAAAUUUGAAAAACUUCACAGAGAGAUUGAUGUGAUAAUGCAAGAUGUCGUAGAUGAUCACAGGAAUGUAAGCAAGGAUGAAGAUAUAGUUGAUGCUCUUCUCAAGAUUCAACAGGAAAAUGAACAAUCACAACAUCCUCUGACUGACACAAAUAUAAAAUCAAUCAUCCUGGACAUGUUUUCUGCUGGUAGUGAAACAUCAUCAGGGUUUAUGGGAUGGUGUAUGUCUGAGAUAGUAAAGAAUCCAAAGGUAAUGGAAGAAGUGCAAGCUGAAGUAAGAAGAGUGUUUGACAAAAAAGGGUAUGUAGAUGAAUCAGAGUUGCACCAGUUGAUAUACUUAAAGUGUGUCAUCAAAGAAACACUAAGGCUACAUCCUCAUGCACCAAUGUUACUUCCAAGAGAAAGUAGGGAGAGAUGCCAAAUAAAUGGGUAUGAUAUCCCAGCUAAGACAAUGGUAUUGAUCAAUGCUUGGGCUAUUGGAAGAGAUCCAAGGUAUUGGGUUGAAGCUGAGAGUUUUAAACCGGAGAGGUUUCUUGAUAGUAAAAUUGAUUUCAGAGGCACAGACUUUGAAUUCAUACCAUUUGGUGCAGGAAGAAGGAUUUGUCCAGGAAUUGGAUUUGUCAUAGCGAUUAUUGAGCUAUCUCUUGCUCAAUUACUUUACCACUUUAAUUGGAAGCUUCCAAAUGAUAUGAAAAAUGAAGAAUUAGAUAUGACUGAGUCACCUGGGGUUACGGUAACAAGAAAACAUGGCCUAUGCUUGAUUCCUAUUAUUCGUCGUCCUUGA